UCAAGAGAGAGAGAGAGAGAGCCGGCAAGGCGACUCUUACCUAACAGCCAGCAGCAGCACAUUGCCAGUCGAGACAGGACAGAGAGCCUCGCUUUAAGAGCGCUUAACUACAACAUGGCUGCGUGCACACAUCUCCCCAGACCUCUCAUCUGCCUGCUGCUCUCACUGACAGCGAUUGCAGGCGAUGGGGCUAAUUUUCCAGAGGAGAUACUGGCGGCGGAGUCGGCCUUGCUGAGACCCAAGGUUUUGCUCGCCAUCAUUGCCCGGAACGCGGCGCGCACACUGCCCCAUUAUCUGGGCUGUAUCGAGAGGUUAGACUACCCCAAGGACAGGAUCGCUCUCUGGGUUGCUACAGACCACAACAUUGACAACACAACAGCAAUACUGCGGGAAUGGUUAAAGAAUGUUCAGAAAGCUUACCACUACGUGGAGUGGAGGCCGCUGGAUCAUCCCAAGCACUAUUCUGAUGAAAUAGGACCAAAACACUGGAGCAAUUCCAGGUUCUCACAUGUGAUGAAACUCAGGCAAACAGCACUGAAAACAGCGAGGGAAAAGUGGGCUGACUACAUACUGUUUGUAGAUACAGACAACGUUCUAACAAAUGAGCAGACACUGAAUUUGAUGAUAGCUGAAAACUUGACUGUGUCUGCACCCAUGCUGGACUCUCACACCUUGUACUCAAAUUUCUGGUGUGGCAUGACACCUCAGGGAUACUACAGAAGGACACCUGAUUACAUUCCAAUCCGGGAGUGGAAGCGUACGGGUUGUUAUCCCGUCCCUAUGGUGCACUCAACGUUCCUCAUUGACCUGCGUAGGGAAGCUACGAGAAACCUGGCGUUCUAUCCUCCUCACCCAGACUACACCUGGGCAUUCGAUGACAUCAUCGUCUUUGCAUUUUCCUGCAAAGUGGCCGAGAUCCAGAUGCACAUAUGCAACAGAGAGCACUACGGCUACCUUCCAGUGCCCCUAAAGGCCCAGCAGUCCUUACAGGAGGAUGUUGAAAGCUUUGUCCACGUUCUCAUUGAAAGAAUGAUUGACCAUCCUCCCAUGGAGCCUUCAAAUAACGUUUCUGUACCUGUCAGACAUGCAGACAAGAUGGGAUUUGAUGAGAUCUUCAUGAUAAAUCUCAAGCGCAGGACAGACAGGAGGAAACGAAUGCUCCGCACACUUUAUGAGCUGAACAUUGAAGUCAAAGUGGUAGAUGCUGUAGAUGGGAAAGCCCUCAACACAAGCCACCUGAAAGCUCUCAACAUUGAAAUGUUGCCAGGGUAUCAUGACCCUUACUCAGGAAGAAUACUAACACGGGGAGAAAUAGGCUGCUUCCUGAGUCAUUAUUACAUCUGGAAAGAGGUCAUUGACCGAGGACUAAAGAAGGUCCUUGUCCUAGAAGAUGACAAUAGGUUUCAGCCACAUUUUCGAAGAAGAAUAACAAAGCUAAUGGAUGAUAUCAAGGAGAACCAGCUGGACUGGGACCUGAUCUAUGUUGGUCGGAAACGGAUGCAAGUGGAACAUCCGGAAAAGUCUGUGCCUGGCGUUAUGAACCUAGUAGAAGCAGAUUAUUCCUACUGGACAUUGGCCUAUGUCAUAUCUCAACAAGGGGCCAAAAAAUUGGUGGGAGCUGAACCUCUGGGGAAGAUGUUGCCAGUGGAUGAAUUUUUACCCAUCAUGUACAAUAAACAUCCAGUAGAAGAUUAUAUGCUAUUCUAUGAACCUCGCGAUUUGAAAGCCUUUUCAGUGGAGCCACUGCUGAUUUACCCGACACACUACACUGGAGAUCCAGGCUACAUCAGUGAUACCGAGACCUCUAUAAUCUGGGACAAUGAUAACAUACCAACGGACUGGAACCGCAAGUUAUCCAGAAAAACUAAGGAGCAGGGAGAGAUCGGGGCAGAAGCCCAGAAUACGGAGGCACUGCAACCCCAAACCCCCAUCAACACCGCCUCUCGAGAUGAAUUAUGAUGUGGCUCUGCACUACUCGGCUCUGAUCUGUGAUCAGAACCAAUGCCUCUCUGUCAAACUGAUGUGGUUUGUGAAAAAAAUGUCUGCUGGAAGGCAACUACAAAAAAAUCCCUUGGGAUAAUGUGGCAUAGAAUCAACUGAAAGCUAUAGUUUCUCUCUUUGUUGGACUUCUUGCACUCUUUCAAAUGGUGGUACAACUGCAGCUGAUUUUGCUGACCAAUUAUCAAUUACGGUUGGAUUAGUUGAUAUUUUGAAAGUAUUUAUUUCCAUUUCCCUAUCUCUGCAUUGGCUUUCACCUGUUACAUAUCGCCCGCUAAUUUUAAUAAAGAGCUCACGGGUGUGGGAUCUCCUUAGUGCUAUCCAAAGGAUAGCCGUGCUUCUGCCACUGUGCAAUAUUACAUUGAUAUCUGCCUCACAAAGGGUAUGAAUCUAUAGCCACAUACUGGUGUUGGAAGUGAGCAGGGCUCAUGACAGAAUGGCUAGCUGUUCGACUGCUGCAAAACCAACGAGGGCUUAUAUUUUCAAUCUGCUGUUAUCACAGAGGGCAUUUGUUGAUGCUGCAGUCAAUAUUCAGAAUAACUCUUAAUAUUUCUGCUAGUAC